AUGAAUUCAAGGCCGUUAUCUUAUCUGGCUAUGGUCAGAAUUGAAGCCACGCCAAAACCACUACUACCAGUAGGAAACGAGCCCGUUAUCAGCUACGCACUUAAGUGGUGCGAAGACUCCGCCGUAAAUGAUAUACUCGUUUUAUCACCUUCCUCCUUCUCAAACUAUCUGUCUCCUUUUUUGCGCUCUUUUAACUCGGAAAAUCUCCCAAAUUCAACCAAAUCGAAGCAAGAAGACUUACAUAUACGCUAUGAAACAGUUGAUGACGACGAUUGCGCUAGCUGGGAAACUGCAGACUGGCUUAGACAUUUCAAGGAUGAGAUUAAAACCGAUUUCGUCGUCCUCCCAUGCGAUAUCCUCCCACCAAAAUCGCUUCCCUUAUCAAAAGUAUUAGAAUCUUACAGGAGAUCAAAGAGCAACACGCUCAUCACUUCCCUUCAUUACGAGAAUAGUAUAGAUUACGGUAGCAGGGAAGGUCCAUCUCGCUGUAUUACGAUAUACGACCAGGAGAGUCAGACACUAAUCAUGCCAGCAAAUGAUGCAAACGAUGCACUCGAUUUACGUUCAAGGUUGCUCUGGGAGUACCCAAAUCUCACGCUCAGCACUAAGUUGCUCGAUGCGCAUGUCUACGUCGUCAGGAGAAACGUCCUCGAUUUGCUCACCGCUAGACCGGAAAUUGCAUCUAUUAGAGAAGACCUUCUGCCCUGGUUGAGUAAAUGGUCAUACCAGAAGGCUCUUUACGAUAAGUGGGGUAAAGCACUCAAAACCCAAUCUGAUCCUUUCGAGGAUGCACUCGCACAUAGCACUAUGCAGACUCUCGAGAACGCCCCUGAUAGAAAACCAAAACACACAGGUGACUACGCAAGUGCUGAUAAUGCCCACUCAGAUGUACCACCAAACCAACGCAUACGCGUUCAAACGCUCAUACAUAAGUCUGGUGAUGGUUUCAUAGCCAGAGCCAACACUCUGGGUGGUUACGCGGAAAUGAACAGAGAGAUCCUGCGCAGUCAUAGACCAGUUCCACAAGCUGGAAAACCACCAGUCGCACCAGGAUCAUUAGUUAGUCAACCAGUGAAGAUUGGAGAGAAGUCGCUCAUUAAGAUGAGUAUAAUUGGACGUAACGUGGAAAUUGGUAAGGGAUGUAAGAUUAUCGGGUGUAUUAUCGCAGACAAUGUUGUUGUCAAAGACGGAGCCAAGUUGGACAAUUGUGUUGUAUGUGCUAGAGCAAAGGUUGGAGAGAGGGCUUCACUCACACUGUGCGAUAUUGGCGGUGACUCUGAUAUCAUAGCCGAUACACAAGCUAAGAAUGAGAAGAUAUCUUUGGAAGAAUAA